CUGGCGGACCGGGUGGCUCGUUUUUCUGUGCUCUGCGCCUGCGCGCUGCCUUGCCUGCCGCUCCCUCCACCUCGGCGGCGGCCUGCCUCGGAGCCCUCCUGCGGGGGGAGCCUAGGCCCCGAAGUCCGCUGCGAUGGGGGUAAGCCAUCCGGUAAAAAAUCUCUUAUGAAAAAGACAGACUUUCUUCAAGAUGAUGGAUUCAGAAGCUCAGGAAAAGAGGCAAAAAAUUCUGCCUUCCUCACAGCAAGAUAUAUCACCUCAUGCUGUUCACGAUUUUAAGCACUACCUUUGUGGCUGCUGUGCAGCCUUUAACAACAUAGCAAUCACAUAUCCCAUUCAGAAGAUCCUUUUUCGGCAACAGCUGUAUGGACUCAAAACCCGAGGUGCAGUACUUCAGUUACAGAAGGAGGGAUUACGAAACUUGUACAGAGGAAUUCUGCCUCCAUUAAUGCAGAAGACUGCAACAUUAGCGCUUAUGUUUGGUCUUUAUGAAGAUUUCUCUUACAUUCUCCGCCACCAUAUCAGUUCUGAAAUUGUGACUCGAAGUACAGCCGCUGUUCUGGCUGGAGCAACAGAGGCACUUCUUACACCACUGGAACGUGUACAGACAUUGCUUCAAGACAACAAGCAUCACGACAAAUUUACAAACACUUAUCAUGCUUUCAAGGCUCUCAGAUCCUAUGGAAUUGGAGAAUAUUAUCGAGGUUUGAUACCCAUUCUUUUCCGUAAUGGACUCAGCAAUGUACUGUUUUUUGGCCUUCGAGGACCCAUCAAGGAACGUUUGCCUGAACCAAAGUCUUGUACUGCUAAUUUGAUUGAUGAUUUUAUCAGUGGAGGUCUAUUGGGUGCCAUGUUGGGAUUCUUGUUUUUUCCAGUGAAUGUUGUCAAAACUCGAAUGCAAUCUCAGAUUGGUGGGGAAUUUCAGUCUUUCCCUGAGGUUUUUGGGAAAAUUUGGCUAGAGCGUAAUGGGAAAUUGACACAUCUUUUCAGAGGUGCCCAUCUGAAUUACCAUCGAUCCCUCAUUUCCUGGGGCAUAAUCAAUGCAACUUAUGAGUUGUUGUUAAAGUUCUUAUGAAAGAUGUCAUCAAUAAAUCCCAAUAAUAAGUUCAGUAGAACUUUUAAGAAGACUUGUUAUAUCUUGGUUAUUAACAAGCUGAAUACUAGACAGUAUCAUAAGUCAAACUGAGUGAGAUGAAAUAUGAGCAAAAUCUUUAGAUUAUAUUUUCUUUGGAAUAUAAGUGAGAACAAAGGUUUAUGGGCAGGAAAGUUAAAUUAUUUUUAUCAGUACUUGCUAGGUUUAGACUUUUGUUAUCAUUAUUACCAUCAGUGUUGAUGGAAAGGUUCAAAGUCCAAGAAGUGAUUUAAAAAAAAACCCAUAAAUUCUUUGAACCAUCUAUAUGUUAAAACUUGAGCUGCCAUGAACAGCUGGAGAAAAGAGUCCUAGUGUCCUGAGAUUUCUCCGGCUUUUUGUGCUUCACUUUCUUGUUUACUCUCUAGAGCUAUAGAAAAGGGUCUUUAGAUUUGUGAGGUUUCAGAAUUUAGAGGGUCAGAAAGGAAAGCAAUAUAGAGAAGAGAAGCAGCUCUACUAGGUAUGGACUUUUCAUGAAAAACACCUGCCUACCUUCACUAUAAAGCCAAAUGUGUACAGUUAGCAAAAUUGUGUUGCUCUUAAAUCACAUAGGAUUUUAUUUGUAGUGAUGGAACUGAGCACCUUGUAUUCACAAAAUAACUUGCUGUUCUGAAAAACUCAACUUUAAUUAUUAGUCAUAACCUCCAGUUUUUCUUUCUAAAGCAAUUCUGUUAUUUAAUUGAUCCAAGAUUUAUGUUGAACCCUUCUUGAAUAACUUUAGAUGUUGAUUUAUACUGUUUAAAGUUACAUUUCAUCACAAAAAUGAGCAAACUUGAAUCUGUUAGUUUGUCCUUUGAAACAAAAUUUUUCAUUCCAUUUUCAUGUGGCAUAGAACUGUUUCAUUGAAUUAGUGCUUCAUCAGCAAAGAUGUUUUGUUUCCUUUAAUAGCCAUAGUUGGGCAACUUGAAAUUCCACUCUUUCUCUAUAGUCCUUCUUCCUCCCUUCCCCUUUAAAAAGAAGCAGCUUUAUUUACUUGUUACUUCAUCUUAGCCUCUUUUAUGUGUCCUGGUCUUGUAAAAGUUCAUGAUUUUGUAGCCAACACUGUUUCUGGCUUCUGAAUAUAAGGAAAAAACCUGAAUUCUUGCUUUCUACAACACUAGCUAAUUUUUGCAUCCACUUCUUAAAUUUGUUGGGACCCAAAUUUCAGAUUAUCUUCAUAAACCAUAAAACUCAACCAAGUCUUAAGUUCCUGGGUAAGACUUUGGAAUUUUAGCAGUUGAUGCUAACUAGGUAUCUUGACAGCUAGAAGCAAAACAAGUCGGAAAUAUUAAUUUACUGAAGAAAUGGGGUUUUAUACAUGUUUUCCAGGUAAAUAGCAUGGUUGAAAAGGCUGGCAUAAAUCAGAAUUUAAUAACCAGAAACAUCCUAGGAAAAUUAUUUUACCUAUAAAAGAGCUACUAGAUAUUAUUUAACUAAAAUAGGUUGGUUUCAAAUAUCUGACAUACUGACAUCAGUGAUUUUUCAAAUUAGAACUCCUGCCUCUUUUCUUAUAGGAAUGAUAAAUGGAUGUUGUGAAGCAACUUAAAUGUCCUGAUAUGGCCAUUCAAAUGUUUUAAUAAUCUAUGAGAAUUUGUGUUUAAAAUCAAGGCUUUGAUAGUAUUAGUUUACUAAAUGUUGCAUGGGAUUGGUUAGUGAAAAGUCCAGAAAGGAUACUUACUUCUAAAUGCAGUAUAUGACAGGCUGAACUAGUGAAUUUGACAUCUCUCCAACUCUAUGAAAAUCCAGCAAACACCAUUUUUAAAAAUUGCUUUAUAUACAGCAUUAACAGUCUUAAAGCAGCUCCAUUUUGUUAUGCUGGAAAUGAUAAGGUAUCUGAUAAACUAGCAUUAACGGUCUUAUUAACACUAUUCAGGGUUAAAUGUAACUAUUUCAAAUCACCAAAUAUGUGUGCAACCUAAAGCUUCAUAAAAGGAAAAUGAUUUGAGCAAAUGGAGUGGAACUUCUCGGAGUUUAAAUUUUUUUAAAUGUAUGAGGUAGGCCUUGACUUUGGUGAUAUUUUCAGACAAAAACUUUGGAAAUAUUCCUAAAUACUUGCACUUAUGUAUGCAUGCUCUGUAAAUUAUUACCCCCUCCAUUGUACGUUGAUCUACUGAAUUGACUGUAUUAUCUUUAUUCUAUCUUGGCCUAGUACUGUAUUUACACUCCAAUUGGUAGAAGUUGUGUUCUUACGCACUUUUGUAGACUAUAAAUGAAAUUAGAAAUCAGGGAGAAUGCCUAGUUUUCCCUCUAAAAAUGUGUUUAAAUUUUGUUCUUUUUUUAAAAAAUAAACAACUUUGCUCAUGAAAUAUUUUUAACGCUCCUAACUCUGAUGCUAUUUUGGAUUUCCUUGUCACUUACUACAGCAGGUGAAAAUCAGAAUGCACAUAUAUAAAUGAAGAUGAUUUUUGUAUCACACUAGACACCUUAAACUUGACAAAAGCUUGAAUGAUACCUUUGUGGAUCAUUAGCCAUUUGCUUUAUUCUGGACUUUAAAAGAAGUAAUAGUGGGCUAGAAAAGAAGUGUUCAUCACUGAGUUUUCAACUUCAGUAUAACUGGCUUGCUGGUAAACUUUUGAAAAGGUAAAUGUUAAUUGAAUAACUUUUACCUGAAAAGCUUUAAAGUAGUCUUUGUCACUCCAUUGUAUGCUUGUGAACAUGGGGGUGUUUUGGGUUUUGCCUUUUUGUUCUAAGUUGUAAUGCUUCCCAGAGGAAGUUAUGGUUUUGUAUUUGGAGUCCUAAGAGUUUCUGUGUCCUCAGUGUAGUAAAAAACAUCCUUUGUGUGUUAACAAACUUGUAUUGUGCAUCUCUACUUAUUUUAUUUCUGGGUGGCAAGAAAAAUGGGCUUUUAAAAAAUUAAUAUAAUCAUCAUUCAACUUGGCUAGUUAUACAAACCAUGUAAUAUCUAUUAUGAACAGUGCUGUAAAGUGGGAUCUUAUGGAUGGAAAACUGAAAUUCUUAAGUUUAGAUGACUAUAGUAAUACUUGUAUUAUAGUGCAGCAUCUUAGGUAAGUGUAAGAAAGAAAAAGGGCAUAUUAAUGAAACUGGGCUUCAUGGUAAGCCAAUUAUGUUUAAAAAGUAGAUUCAGGAUAGGUGAAAUACUGUAUGUACUGUGUGGUGUUUAGUCACGAAGUAAAAUCUGCAGUAAAAGGGAAUGGGAAGAGCACUUGGGUCUAAUUUCGCUUUUUAACUUCAAUAAAAGGUAUCUUCAUUUGUUUUCUGAUAAA